CAGGAUGUACUGUCCGACUUUAAUAUUUGCUGACGGACUGGUAAAUGAAAAUCCGUCGGAACAGGAAGGAUUCGAGUAAAAUUGAUUAAACACAUACAAUUUUAACCAUUGAAUAUAUAUCAAAACGUACACAUUAUUUAUACUAAUAGAGUUCAUGCUUUGUUUUCCGGAAGUGACGUCACAAUUUUCACAAAUUUUCCCGCUGUGAAUCAUGACUUUUGGGGUUGAACGUCUUUCAAUUGAAAAAUGUAUCUUAACUGAUCUUAUCUUAACUCAACUAAUCAUUUAUGAAUAUACUGUUGUUGGAGGGUUCGUGUUUUUUUAAAAACGGAAGUGACGUCAUACGUCCUGAUGAGUCCGACAGUGUUUACUGUCCGACUUGAAUGUUCGCUGGUAUUUCCGGCCUACCACCACAUUGCUUUUUCGACAAACACUUUAGCUAGCAAGCAGAGGGAGGACAAGUAUUUAUCAUCAAUUAAUAAUUAUAUUUAAUUUGUAUGAUUAGCACUGCUUUAUACACAUGUUAUUCACGGUGUAAAGGACUUAAGUACAGCAGAAUGGAUAUGUUUUUCUUUGACGGACCGCGAAUACAUCUCCGGAAUGGUGUCACCUCCAUGGUGCAUAAAUAUACAUUUUCCCUGUAAUGUUUGAACUCAUCUAGAUUUACAGUUAAGGUGCAUGGCACACAAAUUGUAGCAUUUCCAACAGGUAACCUUGCUAAAAGGCUAGCCAGGCUCAUGUUUACCAACAUGGACAGGGAUGCGUACCGCAACUGUUGCAGCCUUGUCAAAAUCCCCAGGCAGUCCUACGAGCAGUUUUGUUCCUCGCAUUUUGUCGACUACAUUGAUAAAGAGCUGGGCUAUUCCAAGUUUUUCAAAAAAUAUUUGCUUCCCAACCACCCGUGCAUGUUUUCCAAAAGAUUCACCGAAGAGUGGAAGUGUAGGAAACAAUGGGUGACUGAGGAGGGGAAGCCUAAUUUCCAGAAACUGCUGCAAGAAUUUGAUGAGACUCCUGUCCCUGUGGCCAACUGUAAUGCAAAGGAAUACAAUACAAACCCCAAACAAGUCAUGCCUUUCAAAGAAUUCAUACAAUAUUGGAAGGAGCACAUCCAGAACGGCCACUCGUCUCCUAAAGGAUGCCUUUACCUUAAAGACUGGCAUAUGCCAAGGGACUUUCCAGAACGCAAUGUUUAUACCGCGCCGGUCUUCUUCACUUCCGAUUGGCUGAACGAGUACUGGGAUGCGCUUGAAGUGGACGACUACCGCUUUGUCUACAUGGGACCCAAAGGAUCAUGGACGCCGUUCCACGCCGACGUGUUCCGCUCCUACAGCUGGUCAGCGAACAUCUGCGGCAGGAAGAAGUGGCUGCUGUACCCUCCUGGCCAAGAGGAGUUUUUAAGAGACACGCACGACAAUCUCCCGUAUGACGUCACAUCAAGCGAACUACGCGACCCAAGCCUUUACCCGCACGCCCAAGAGGCCUGUCAGCCUCUGGAGAUCAUUCAAGAGGCCGGCGAGAUUAUUUUUGUGCCCAGUGGCUGGCAUCAUCAAGUUUAUAAUUUGGAGGACACCAUCUCCAUCAAUCAUAACUGGUUGAACGGCUGCAACGUAGACAUCAUGUGGCAGUUCCUGCAGACGGAGCUGUUGUCUGUGCAGAAAGAGAUAGAUGAGUGGAGGAACACCAUGGAUUCAUGGCAUCAGCACUGUCAGGUUAUUAUGAAGGCUUGCUCCGGCAUCAACUACGGGGAAUUUGCAUCAUUCCUCAAAAUCAUCGCAGACAACCGCAUGGCUCUCCUGAAUGCCUGCUCCUCAGGAGACGCCUCCAAUUACCCACGGCAUCUCUCGGAGGCACUCGUCACCCUCGGACCUUACCACGCUGCCUUUGACCUGCAGAGAGUGGCUAACAUUUUGGAGAUGCUGCUCUGCAACGAAGAUUUUAAGCGUCUGGAUCAUUCGGCGUCCACUGUGCAGCCAGAAACAUUGCUGCAGCAAAUCCGGGACAUCAUACAAUCCACCAGGGGGCAGCAUCUCCUCUAUCAGGAAUGAGGGUGCAGUAUUUCUAAGUGGUACAUUUUUGGUAAAUUUCCCUUAAAUUCAGAUGUGGAAAUAUUGAAAUAUGGACACUUUUAAUAUGAAUUAUUAAUUAAUUUAAAAAAAUACAUUGCUUUAUUUAUUAAUAGUAUUUAUAUUCUUUCAUCGGACAAAAAAAGUGAAUGUUACAUCAUACAUAUUUCACUGCAUGCAAUUCCAUAGUUUGGUAGUUUAAGUCAUCAAUUAGGCUGUUUAAGUCAUCAAUUAUUGUAAAGUCCCUUAUAUUUUCCAUGAUUCUCUCUUAAAUCCCCUGUCUUGAUUAAGGAGGGCCAAAUGAAACAAAAUUAAAUAGUCUCUAAAAAGCCUUAAAAUAAAUAUUUGAUGUCUCAUUGAUUAAUUACUUUAUUAAAUAAAUCAUGGCAUAAAAAUCUUCUAAAACUUGACAUAAUCAAAUCAAUAAUUAAAUGUAAUGUUACAAUAAACAAAUGACAUUUGAUAACACAUUUAUGAAUCUAUCACAAUUAGAAUUAAUGACUGAUUAAUUUUCAAAAUAUAUAUUUUUUUCCUAAUAAAGGCCUACUGAAAUGAAUUUUUUUUAUUUAAACGGGGAUAGCAGAUCUAUUCUAUGUGUCAUACUUGAUCAUUUCGCGAUAUUGCCAUAUUUUUGCUGAAAGGAUUUAGUAUAGAACAACGACGAUAAAGAUCGCAACUUUUGGUAUCUGAUAAAAAAAAGGCUUGCCCCUACCGGAAGUAGCGUGACGUAGUCAAUUGAACAUAUACGCAAAGUUCCCUAUUGUUUACAAUGAUGGCCGCAUGAAGUGAGAGAGAUUCGGACCGAGAAAGCGACAAUUUCCCCAUUAAUUUGAGCGAGGAUGAAAGAUUUGUGGAUGAGUAAAGUGCAAGUGAAGGACUAGUGGGGAGUGGAAGCGAUUCAGAUAGGGAAGAUGCUGUGAGAGCCGGGGGUGACCUGAUAUUCAGCUGGGAAUGACUAAAACAGUAAAUAAACACAAGACAUAUAUAUACUCUAUUAGCCACAACACAACCAGGCUUAUAUUUAAUAUGCCACAAAUUAUUCCCACAUAAAAACACCCAGGUGUUUGUUAUGCUAGCUCCUAGCUACUAGCUACUAGCUCGAGCUAGUUAUAGCUCAAGCGGGUAAUAUGGACGGGAUCCCGUAUAUAUAACCCGCCAAUACAAUUCAAACACCUGCACAACACACACACUCACUCAGCCCAAAGAACCGUUCACCUAACCCAAGGUUCAUAACGCUUAUAUAUUUAACCAAAGUUACGUACGUGACACGCACGUGCGGGCAAGCGAUCAAAUGUUUGGAAGCGCGCGGGUGGGACCUGAUAUUCAGCUGGGAAUGACUACAACAGUAAAUAAACACAAGACAUAUAUAUAUACUCUAUUAGCCACAACACAACAAGGCUUAUAUUUAAUAUGCCACAAAUUAAUCCCGCAUAACAUACUAGCUCGAGCUAGUUAUAGCAAGCGAUCAAAUGUUUGGAAGCGUACACACGGUAUCGCGUCUGCGUCUGUUAACGAAGUCAGAGUCCUCCUGGUAAGAGUCUCUGUUGUACGAGUUCUUCGAUCUUGACUGCAUCUUUCGGGAAUGUAAACAAUGAAACACCGACAGUGUUGUGUUACUGACUUCCCUCGCAAAAUACUCCGCUUCUCACCGACUUUCUUCUUUGCUUGCUCAGCUUCUUUCUCCAUAAUGCAAUGAACAAAUUGCAACAGAUUCACCAACACAGAUGUCCAGAAUACUGUGGAAUUAUGAAAUGAAAACAGAGCUAUUUCGUAUUGGCUUCAAUGGGGAAGCCAUACCUCUGUUAAACUGGCUACGUCACGCGGGUACGUCAUCCUCCAAAGGCGUUUUGAACCAGAAGUUCUCCGGGAAAUUUAAAAUUGCACUUUAUAAGUUAACCCGGCCGUAUUGGCAUGUGUUGCAAUGUUAAGAUUUCAUCAUUAAUAUAUAAACUAUCAGACUGCGUGGUCGGUAGUAGUGGGUUUCAGUAGGCCUUUAAGGCCCUCCAUACUUAAUAGGCAUAGUCUGGAAAUAGCUUGAAUAGCAAUAAAAAUUAGAAUAAACACACUCCACUUAUUCCCAAACUUUAUCGUUUUAAGAAAGACUUUUAUAAAAAAAUACAAUUAGUUCUGUAAUAGGUUGAUUGGCAACACUUCAUUGUCCUUAGUGUGUAAAUGUUGUUCAUGUUGGCCCUGAGAUGAGGUUGCGACUUGUCCAGGGUGUACCCCGCCUUCUGCCCGAGUGCAGCUGGGAUAGGCUCCAGCACACCUCGCGACCCCGACAGGGACAAGCGGUAAAAGAUGGAUGUCUUAUUCCACGAAAAUAAAACAAAGAUUCUGUUUUUAUGAUGAUCCGUACGAGCAAUGUUUUAUUGACUCGUCUUCCGUUUCUUUCUUAUCAACCUCCAGUCUAAACACAUCUCUGGUACAUGACUGCCACAUACUGAUAACACUUAUCUUUACCCUCUUUGGGACUCCAAACGUUGAAAAAUGCAUCAUGAAUUGCAUAACAUCAAAGUAUAAUGUGCAUAAAUAAUGGUAAAACACAUACAAAUAUUUAUUUGCACGGUAGACUUUGAGAAUGUAGAUACUUUUAUUGAAAAUUGUAUUUGAAAUAAUUUAAUAGGCACAUCAAAUGACAUGAUUGGUAUUUUGCUGUAUAGUGCUGCAGUACAUGGUCAAUGCCUUCAUUUGUCCUUCAAGGAAACAUUUAAGUUUUGUCAGUCAGGCAAAGACACUGGAGGCUUUUAUUUGAAAUGUGUCACAAAGCAUGUAAGUCACAUUCCAAGAAGAAAUAAAACCUCCUCCUCAGUUGUUUUGCGCGUCUUUAGGCCACCAGUCGGGCACGGAGGCCUCCAGUGUCACUUGGGCGUCGUCUGCAGAUUUGACCGUCAACACCUCCUUGGCAUGAGCCAUGCGGAUCAGGCUCAGGCCCAACUUCCCCAGCCCUGCGCGAUGUUUCCCAGCUGGCUUGCCCGACUGCGUUUGCAGCGCGGCUCCCUCCUCCAGGCCUUGGAUGGGCGCCGACAAGCGGACCGGCAUGAGGCGUUUGCGAACCACGCCGGUGUGAUGAGUCCUGGCCGUGAGCUCCUGGCCGAUGUAGCAGCCCUUGCUGAAACUGAUGCCUUGCAUGUAGACCAGAUUGGAUUCCAGCGGUAACGCCACGCCGGGAGGGAGGUCCUUUACGCCCUCGGGAAGUCCUAGACAGCAAA